AUGGUUGACCAGAUAGAGAAAGCUGAGGAUCUACAGUAUGAACCUUUCUUCAUCGAUCGGAAGAUGGUGCAGAGCGUCAACCGUUUCAAUUUCCUGCCAUACACAUCUCUUAAGAUCUGUCUUAAAUCCAGAUUACACAUUGAUGCAAUCACAAAGAAAGUGGGAUACUCUUUUGAACUUUCCACAGUUAUGAGGUUUUAUUAUCAGUUUGGACACGUGAGUGGAACACUUAAAGUCACGCUAUAUCAGCCAUAUGAUGGGCGUGUGCUGGAAAUUUGGAAGCAAACGUUUGAACAGGGAAGUCAAUGGAAUAGAGAGGUUAUCAGAAUCAACAGCAAAGACAAAUUUCAGGCAGGUAUAGCUGGGGGCCAUAUGAGUGCCCAUGACUACACCUUUAACUUGGAAAAUGUGAGAGGAAUCGACAAAGUUGUUGAGGAUGAGGACAAGCUGGUGGAGGUUGUUAUUCAAGGACGUAUUUUUGCUUAUACUCAUCCCAGUGAAGAGAUUGCCAUUGAUGACAUUUCCUUCAGUUAUGGGUGCCUCAUUGCACCAGAUCCAGCUUGUGAUUUUGAAUCUGAUCUAUGUGGAUGGCACUCCGAAGAGAAACACAAUCUUGUGGCAUGGCAGCGUAUUCAAACUGGCAAUAGUUCUGGCACUGCCCCACUGAUGGAUCACAGCACAGCCUCUUCAUUAGGCCAUUUUGUCUGGGUCGAGGCCAACAACGUCAUGUUUUCACGAACUGCUCUCCUUCAUAGUUCCAUGUACUACAACUCAGGACAGAAAUGCCGAUUAGAAUUCUUCUAUCAAAUUGAUGGCAGAAAUGUACUGACAGUAUUGUUACAAACUAAGGAGGUUACAUUUGUAGCCUCUGUUCAAAGCGAAUCAGGCUUCUUGGCCCUGGACAGCAUACGAUUUCAUGAGUGUGAAAAGGAAUAUUUGGCUGAACCUUGUUCACCUUCAACAUUCACCUGCGGAACUGGGCAUUGUAUUCCACUCAGUUCAGUCUGUGACUUCCAGAAUGACUGCUGCGAAGGAGCAGACGAAGAUGCACUAGCCUGCUCAAAGUAUACCUUGUGCAACUUUGAGUCUGAUUUCUGUGAGUGGAAACAUCUCACCUCAGAUGGUGCUGUGUGGGUUCGAGGACAGGCUCAAACAUCAGGCUUACCUAUUACAGACCACACAACCAAUUCCAACCAAGGAAUGUUCCUCUAUUUCAAAGCAACCUCAGACCACAAAGCAACAAACACAAUUCAGCUUGGCAGUCCACAGUUAAAGAAUCAAUUAAUUCAUGAUUCACCAUGUCAGGUAAGGUUCUGGUAUCAAAUGUCAGAAGGAGCCAAUUUAUCAAUAUAUAUUCAGACAACAGCUGGGAACAUGAAAAGAGUGGCUGCCCUGAAUCCAUCAGUCAACAAAAGUUGGGCUAAAAAGGAGAUUCCUGUGGAGUGGAGUGCAACAGACACCAUAACAACUUUCCAGAUUAUUCUCCAGGGCAAUGUCUUAGCACCACCCAAUGCAUUUAUUGCAAUAGAUGAUAUCAGUUUAACUCCAGGUUGCACUGUAUUGAACACAAUGGUCCCAAAUUCCAUCACAGAAUGCAAAGAUUCCACGUGUGACUUUGAAGAAAGUAGUUGUGGCUGGUUUGAGUAUGUUCCUGAUGAUUACUUUGAUUGGAUCAGAAACUCGAGUAAUGCUUUGCCUUCACAUAUCAGGGAUAAGGCCCCAGCUCUGGACCACACCACUAACACCUCCAACGGACACUUCAUGUUUAUUAUGACCACCAGGAGUAAUAUAUUUCAGACUGCAGAAUUGACAAGCCCGAAGUUCACUCAAACAGGAACUGGAUGUACAAUGUCAUUUUGGUAUUAUAAUUAUGGACAGGCAGUGGGAGCAGCAAAAAUGUUCCUGGAGGUCGAUGGCGUGAGUAAUCACACUGUCGUAUGGUGGACUUACAACACUCAAAGCAAUCAAUGGCUCCAAGCCUCUGUCCAGCUUGGGCGAUUAUCACGACCUUUCCGUCUUAAAUUGGUGAAAGUCAGCCUGAGCAUUUACAAUGGUGUGGCAGCGAUAGAUGACAUUGAGUUUGUCAACUGCUCCCUCCCACCAGCAGCAGAGACCUGUAAAGGAACGGAGAGGUUUUGGUGUGAAAAAACCAGAGCUUGUAUUGACCGAAUGCAAGUAUGUGACCUGGUGGAUGAUUGUGGUGAUGGUUCUGAUGAAAACAACUGUGUGCAAGAACUGCUCUGCAAUUUUGAACAUGGAUUUUGCAACUGGCAGCAAGCUAAGGACGAUGAUUUUGACUGGUCAAUAAAUAAGGGACAGACCUCGACGUUCAACACUGGGCCAUCAAAAGACCACACAUUGGGCACAGCGGAAGGCCACUACCUUUACAUUGAAGCAUCUGCCCAACAGUUUGGAAAUACAGCCACGCUCCUCAGUCCAAUCCUGGACGCUACCCGCAAUCAUGCCAACAAGACCUGUAACUUCCGCUUCCAUUUCCACAUGUUUGGAAAACAGAUUUUUAAGCUGGCAGUGCAUAAAAGAACCUACAGAAAUACAAAGGGGGAACAACUUUGGGCAAAAUAUGGUCAGCAUGGUGACAAAUGGCUAAAAGAAACACUGCUGAUCAAUAGUUCUCAACCAUUUCAGAUACUAGUGGAAGGCACUGUAGGAGAUAACCUAGGAGGAGACAUUGGAAUUGAUGACCUUUCCUUCAUGAAUUGUGAUCUUUACAGAGGUGAUUUACCAGCCAUAAUUCCAACAACAUCAGGACCAACAAAACCUUCCACUAUUCCGCCCAACAACUGCACAAUGAAUGAAUUUGUUUGUAUAACAAAUGGACAAUGUGUUGACAUUAGCAAGAAGUGUGAUUUUAGGAAAGAUUGUUCUGACAAUUCAGAUGAAUUAUUCUGUGUUGGGAAGAUCUGUAAUUUCACUAAUGGGAUCUCCUGUGGUUGGGAGCAGCAGCUGGAACUAUCGGCAACUAAAAAUGUGUUUCAGUGGUUCACAGGACAAGGUUCAGACAUACAUCCAGGAGAAGAGGGUGACAGACCAUCUACCGAUCAUACAACGGGCACGAAACACGGCUGGUACUUUUAUGCUGAUAGCUCAAAUGGAAAAUUUGGACACAUGGCUGAAAUCUCCACUCCACAAAUAUCGCUCACUGGUCCAAAGUGUAAAUUGGUCUUUUGGUAUCACAUGAGUGGAGUUACGAUUGGGUCUUUGCAGGUAUUCUUCAAAUCUGGCAACAUGACACAGUUACGGUGGUCGCAGAGUGGAAGCCAAGGUAACCGCUGGAGGCGAGGAGAAAUAUUUCUUGGCUUUCAGUCUCACUUUCAGGUUUUCUUUCGAGCCAAGCGAGGUGUGAGUUACAUGGGUGAUGUUACAGUGGAUGAUAUUUCCUUUGAAGAUUGUGCAGCUCUUCUGAUCCCAGACAAACAAUGCAACUCUGAUGAGUAUUCAUGUACCAACAGAUAUUGCAUCCCCAAAGAUCAGCUCUGUGACUUCACCAACGAUUGUGCUGAUCAUUCUGAUGAACAUCCAGUUAUCUGCAGUACAAAUUUGGGAUACUGUGAUUUCGAAUUUGAUUUGUGUUCUUGGAGACAGUGGAGGAAUGAUAACUUUGACUGGACCCUUAAACUAGGGAGUACACCAACACUGGGUACAAGCCCAGCUACUGACCACACACUGAGAAGUCCAACUGGUCAUUAUAUAUACAUCGAACAGCCAUUUUCAGAUCUACCUGGACACAUCGCAAUGAUUUCUGGGCCAUCCAUCAGCAAGAGAAGCAGAAGUUGCAAGCUUAUUUUUUAUUACCAUAUGGCAGGAGACAUCAACGGAUCGUUAAUUGUAUAUCUGUGGACUUUAUCCGGUCGGCGCAAACCACUUUUGAACUUAACAGGUGACCAAGGUCAUUAUUGGCAACGAGCUGAAACAGCCCUCAGAGCUGAUGAAGACUUUGAGAUAAUGAUCGAAGGACGGGUGGGCAAAGGGUCAAAGGGAGUCAUAUCACUUGAUGACAUCACCUUCACGAAGGAAUGCAUUAGCUCCAACGCUGCAUUUCAACAGGAACCAAGUCCACAUCCUCCAACAGGAUCCUGCCCGUCCAAUUAUUUGGGAUGCCAGAAUGGAAAAUGUUACCACGCAGAGCAGAGUUGUGAUUUUCUGGAUGACUGUGGUGACAAUACUGAUGAGAAAGACUGCGGGACAUCCUGCACUUUUGAGCGCGGACAAUGUGGCUGGAAAAAUUCCCUGGCAGAUAACUUUGACUGGAUUUUGGGACACGGUUCAUUUCAAAGUCAACGGCCGGCCAACGAUCAGAGCCUCGGAAAUGAAAAUGGUCACUUUUUGUACCUUGAAGCUAUUCCUGGAGGUGUGAGGGGUGACAAGGUCCAUCUAAGGAGCUCAUUAUGGAAGGAAUCAAGUGCUAAAUGCACUCUCUCGUUCUGGUAUUACCUGUCAUGGAAAGCUACAGGCCAUAUAAGAGUUCUUAUUAAGACAAAUAAAGAUCUCACGGAAGUAUGGAAUAAAACUGGAAACCAAGGUGAUAGAUGGAUGAAGGCCGUGAUACAUCUGAAAAAACUGCGUCACUUUGAAAUCAUAUUUGAAGGAAUCCGAACUAUGAAUUUUGGAGGUGGAGCAGCUAUUGAUGACAUUGAGUUAAAACAUUGUGCCCCAGGAGCAGAGUUAUCAGGUGUUUGCCCGGACGUCACUGACUACAUUUGUAAAAAUGGCAAAUGUAUCGAGUCUGACCUGGUCUGCGAUUACAAAUCCGACUGUGAAGAUGGAUCUGAUGAAUUUGACUGCUCACAGUAUGCCAAUGUUUCAGGAAGUUGCAACUUCAAUGGGCCAAACAAAGAGGUUUGGAGAAAUAACUGUAGGUUAAAGCAAAGCGAUGAUGACAACUUUGAUUGGACAAUAGGAAGCAAAAGCUCCACCGCAGGAACUGGCCCAGCAAAUGAUCACACCCCAGGAGCUGGAGGAAUGUUUCUGUACAUUAAGUCAGCAGCCCAGCAUGAAGGUGACAUUGCGAGAAUAACCACCACUCAUUCAUUCCCAGCAAGUGUUGGAGUCUGUCACCUGCGUUUCUGGUACUUUGCCAGUGGUUCGAAAGAAAUGGGCACACUGAAGGUGUACACAAUAGGAGAGUCCGGAAUAGCCUUGCUGAUGUGGUCAGUGUCCGGGAACAAGGGGAAUGACUGGACAUACGCCAACGUAAUGGUUGCCAACAACCAUCCAUUUCGAGUUGCAUUUGAAGCUGAAGUGGGUGGAGAUAACUUCACAGACAUUGCAAUUGAUGAUGUCUCUUUUACCCUGGAAUGUGUUGCUGGAGGUACCUCCAUUCCAGAAGCGGCGACAUGUUCCCCGGACUUCUUUCAGUGCCAGAGUAAGCAACUGUGCAUUCACCAGUCCUGGGUCUGUGACGGUGAAGAAGAUUGUGAAGAUGGAAGUGAUGAAUCAAAUUGCUCAACACUGCGUCCGGGAACCUUGCCUCCUCAGGAUCUAUGUGAAGAUAAAGAAUUCCAAUGUUUCAACAGGGAAUGUAUCCCGUCAUUGCUCAGGUGUGACGGAGUCCCGGACUGCUCUUUAGCAGAAGAUGAAUUUGGUUGCUCUGUCAAGCUUUGCUUCAAUGGUUCUUUGCUCUGUGAGAACAGUAGAGAGUGUAUCCCAGUAACACAGCGAUGUGAUGGUGACAUUGACUGCAGAGAUUUCAAAUCGGAUGAAUCCAGCUGUUCAGAAUGUCCCAAUGCCUAUUGCAGAAAUGGUGGAACAUGUGUCAUUGUUAACAGAAUUGCACUGUGCAAGUGUACAAGUCAGUGGAGAGGAAAUCGAUGCCACAUUCAGGUCAAACCUGCAGGAUCCCUCAAUCCUGAUCUCGCAUCAAAAAAUGAUGAAAAUGUGUACACGUGGGCAGGGCUAUGCAUUGACUUGGGCUUGUUUGUCCUUGGUCUCCUGGUUGCAUUAAUCAUAAUCGCUAAAAGAAAAUCAAGCAAGAACGAUAUGGCGGUUUUUGAGAGAAUGAAGAGGUUUACCAGAAUGCUGCCUCGAUUGAAGGGUAAUCUCUAUAAGGAAAGGAUACCAAUGCCAGCAUCCAAAUGUCAUUCAAUAUCCAAUAUCCUGUAUGGUGAUCACAGCGCUGAUUUAUCAGCAAAGUUUACAAAGUGGAACAGUAUGACAAGCCCAGCCAUCAGUGUUUACCCCUGGCAAACUCCACAUAAGGUGUUGUCCAAGGUCUCAGAUGAACCCACUUCCUUUUCUAAUCCCUUGUAUGAAGGUAAAAUGGAAAACAGGAAGCCUCCAGCAGAAGGAAUUACUGGAACUUUGAAUUUCAGAAAUACUUGAAAAAAAAUUCAAUUGCCUUGAACUUUAGAGCUAUGUUAAAGUAGAGAUGUUUCUUGAAUUAAUCUUAUCUAACAUUUUUAUCUAACAUAAAGUGAUUGCCUUUCUGAAUACAAAGAAAUGUCUAUUUUUUUCAACUUCAAUAUUUCUUGUAAACUUUUGGAAACUUUUCUAUUUGAAAUCAUUAAAUAGAGGGAUUAUAUUUUGUGCCCACAUGU